CCUCUGCCCUGCACGCCAAGGCCAAGAACAUCCAUCCUCUCCCGAUUCGAAUACCCUGCAGGCUAAUCUCAUCUCAAGAGCAGAGUGUGUCAUUCCCCAUUCUCUUCCCUUCCCGAGUUGCCACUCACUGUUGCUUUGCUGCAGCCUGAAGGGGAAGGAAAGCAGAAAUCUGCUGUUGGCUGAUGAGAUCCAUCCAUGCGGAUGCAAUCCACCACACCAGCAGCAGCAACAAAGCUAGCAUUUUUCAUCUGAUUCAUUUUUCAUCUCUGCUUCAUUUCCUUCCAUCAUUGUAAAAUAACAACAAUAUCUACUGCUGCGAUGGCAACGGAGAUGCCGCCGCUUCUCGCCCUCUUCUUCCUCUGCCUCUCGCUUGCGCUGCGCCCCGCCACCGCCGUCUCUUCCCCGUCCUUCGCCCUCGACUUCUUCCCCGCCGCCGGCGCCAUUGCGCAGCUCUCCCUCUCCGGCGGCGCCACCGCCAAUGCCACCGCGGGUUCCGUCUCCAUGCCCAUCCCCGACGCACGGGUGCAGUACAGGACCCCCAUUGCCGCGUCCGCCCUCCGCCUCGGAUUCUCCACCUACUUCGCCUUCGCCCUCCCUCACGCCCCGUCCUCCCUCGCCUUCUUCCUCACACCCUCCGCCUCCCGCUCGCCCCCGGCCCUCGCACUCGUCUUCUCCGCGCGCCACAUCCGCCUCGACCUCGCCGGCCGCACCGCCCUCCAGACGGAGACACGCCAUCCCGUUCCCACCACCGCAAGCCACCUGCAUGCCUGGAUUGACUACUACCACAGCAACUCUUCUUCCAGUUCCGCCGACACGGACACUCUCCACGUACAACUCGCCGCCACGCGCAUCCCCACCGCCAACCACCACCCGACCCCGACCCCGCCGCUCCUCUCCUACCCGCUCCAUCUGCUCCCCGUCCUCCGCAGGGGCCCCAUCCUUGCCGGAUUCCGGACCUCCUCCGGGAACUGCACGCUCUUCAGCUGGGCGUUCCGCGCAGCUCCCAACCGGAUGCACUCUCUGCCGCUCAACCCCGCCGACCUGCUCACCACGCCGCCGCCAGAGCGCGAAGCCAGAGCCAGCCAGCCAGCCCCCGACCGCCGCUACAGCAGCCCCUGGGGCGCCGCACUGUCCCUGCUGCUCGCGGCCGCGGCCGGCGCAAUGCUCACCUUCAUUGUGCUCUUCCUCUGGUAUUACGCGACCAAGCGCCGGCCCGUCGCGCCGGUGGAGUACCCCAUGCACCCCUCGCACGUCGUCUACGAGAAGAUUGUGCUCGUCGGGGUCAAGGACGACGCCGCGGCUGCCGAUGCCGCCGGGAACAAGUAGAUGCUCCUACCACCACCACAAAGCAAGUAGAUGCUGCCUUGCUUACCCACUUCACUAGUUCACUUCUGCUGCAUUUGCAUUUGCAACUGUGUUGUAGUUACUAGUACUAGUAAAGUAGUAAUGGUGGAAACUGCAGAUUUUGCCUCCCAAACCCAACAGGGCAAACUCUGCACUUUCCACCUUCAGUUAGCUUGUACAAGAGUGCUUCCUGUUGUUUUUGUGAUCUUUGUCCCUAGUUAAAUUGCAACACCGUCGGUACUGAUGUAUUUCCUUCCUUGCACUGAUGCUGCUUAGUAAUUUGCUUCUC